GGGGGAGAGAUAAGAGAGAGAGGAGGAAAAAGGAGAGAGGAGAAGGAAGGAAGAAGAAGGAAGGAAGGGGACAAUACAAUCAUGCUGUGCUGUAUGAGAAGAACAAAACAGGUUGAAAAAAAUGAGGACGCGGACCAAAAGAUUGAGCAAGAUGGCAUCAAACCAGAAGAUAAAGCUCAUAAGGCAGCCACUAAAAUCCAGGCCAGCUUCCGCGGACACAUAACAAGGAAAAAGCUCAAGGGAGAGAAGAAGGGAGAUGCCCAGGCUGCUGAUGCUGAGACUGCCGACAAGAAGGAUGAUGCUCCCACUGAUGGCGUGGCAGAGAACAAAGAGAGUGACGCCCCCUCUGCCACAGAAGCUGCUCCCUCUGACAGUGCCCAGCCUGAGGAGGGCAGCAAAGAUGGCAGCGCCCCUGUAGAGGAGAAGAAAGGGGAGGGAGCUACGGAUGCCAGCUCAGAGCCGCCAGCCCCGAAGGCCACCACUCCUGCUGCUUCCUUAGAGGAGAAGCCCACUCCUGCUGCCGCUGAAACGGAAAGUGCCACUAAAGCUUCCACUGAUAACUCGCCGUCCUUGAAGGCUGAUGAAGCCCAAGACAAAGAGGAGCCUAAACAAGCCGAUGUGCCUGCUGCUGUCACCACUGCUGUCACCCCCACUGCUGCAGAGGAUGCUACUGCCAAGGCAACAGCGGAUCCCCCAACGGAGACGGUGGAGAGCAGCCAAACCGAAGAGAAGACAGAUGCUGUAGAAGAAACCAAACCUACUGAAAGUGCCCAGCAGGAAGAGGUGAAAGAAGAAGACAGCAAGGCGGACCAAGAAAAUGCCUGAACAUUAAGAAAUGACUCCCUUUUGCCCCUCCCCCCCUCCCUUAUCCUUCCUCCCCAGCCCACCCCCCCAAAUCUUGCUCCCCUUCCUGCUCACACCUGUGAGCCUGUCUGUCCCCCCCACCCCCAUACCCUCUCAAACCCUUUUUCUCUCUGUGUGGCAAACAUUUAAAGGAAAAAAAAAGCAGGAAAAAUCCCAGUCAAACAGUGUGGCUUAAACAUUUCUUUGUUUCUUGGUGUUGUUAUGGCGAGUUUUUUGGUAAUGAUGAUCCAAUCAUUUUGGGAAAAUUCUUGCACUGUAUCAGAGUUCUUUGAUCUGGCGCGUGCGUGUGUUUGUCUGCCCGCCGCGAGUGCUCUGUCUCUCACUCUCUCUCUCUCUCUCUCUCUCCCCCCUCCUUCCUUUCUUUCUUCUUUCCUCCCUGCCCCCUUUCUUUCUCUCUCUCUGUUCCAAGUGUGUGUGUGCAAUGUUCUGUUCAUCUGAGGAGUCCAAACUUUAUCUCGAGUGAGUUUAAAAAAACAAAAUGAAAUGAAAAAGAAAAAGAAAAAAAAAACAACUGACCACCUUUUUUCCUCUUCUUCCUUUUUCAAUGUGAUGGAAUGAACAAAAGAAAAUGGCCAACAAACAAACGAGUGAGAAUUAAACCCCAGUUUGUUUUCAAAGAAUAAAGCAAAAAUGUGCCAAUUAGCGUAACGCGUGGCUCCAGGCUCCUUUUUCAAACUGAAUAAUAAUAAUAAUAAUUAAUAAUGAUAAUAAUAAAUGAAAAUAAUGAUCAUGA